CCGCCCUCACACGAAAUGGCCGCGCUGGGAGGAGGUGAGCAGCGCGCGGCAGGCUGGGAGAGGCCGCGCCGCGGGGGUGGGGCCGGCGGCGGCGGCCGGAGCCGCGUCAGGCGAGAGAGCGGCGCGGCCCAGUCCGGUUUGCUUUCCCGUUGGUGCUUGUGGGGAGCUCGAGCGCUGCCGCUCUGCGCCUCAGCGCCGCCGCCAUGUUCUCUUUUAAUAUGUUUGAUCACCCCAUCCCUCGGGUUUUCCAGAACCGUUUUUCAACCCAGUAUCGCUGCUUCUCGGUAUCCAUGCUUGCUGGACCUAAUGACAGUAAUUAUGCCACCAUCGGCUUUGGAUCAACUCAGCCGACUUAAUAUUACUUACCCGAUGCUGUUUAAGCUAACCAAUAAAAAUUCAGACCGAAUGACGCACUGUGGAGUGCUUGAAUUUGUGGCCGAUGAGGGCAUAUGUUACCUUCCACACUGGAUGAUGCAGAACUUGCUGCUGGAAGAGGGAGGCCUGGUACAAGUGGAGAGUGUUAAUCUUCAAGUUGCUACUUACUCAAAAUUUCAGCCACAGAGUCCAGAUUUUCUUGACAUCACCAAUCCCAAAGCUGUAUUAGAGAAUGCAUUGAGAAACUUCGCUUGUCUAACUACUGGGGAUGUUAUUGCCAUCAACUACAAUGAAAAGAUCUAUGAGCUUCGGGUAAUGGAGACCAAACCGGAUAAGGCUGUGUCCAUCAUAGAAUGCGAUAUGAAUGUGGAUUUUGAUGCUCCCUUGGGGUACAAAGAACCAGAAAGAAGUGCUCAACAUGAAGAAUCCACAGAUGUUGAAGCAGACCACAGUGGAUAUGUGAGUGACAUAGGAUUUCGUGCAUUCUCUGGUUCUGGGAACAGAUUGGAUGGCAAGAAGAAAGGUGUUGAGCCUAGUCCGUCGCCAAUUAAACCAGGAGACAUUCGAAGAGGAAUACCCAACUAUGACUUCAAGAUCGGUAGAAUCACAUUCAUUAGAAACUCACGUCCACUAGUUAAGAAAGUAGAAGAGGAUGAAUCUGGAAGCCGGUUUAUUGCCUUUUCAGGAGAAGGACAGUCCCUGCGCAAAAAGGGAAGAAAACCCUAAGAUGUGGUACCUUUAGUCAGUCGGGAGGAAAAUAAAAUAACAAUUGCAGCAUAUUGGAUCUUAGUUAUUGCAGUUAAGAGGAUAGAUUGUUUUGCAACACAGGAGAGCUUUUACUGGUUUUGGUUUCACAUUUAGAACCGGAGCUAUCAGACUGUUGAAAAUUAAGUUCUAGGAAUUCUGAAGGAGAUUUUUGUAUGUGUUGUAAAAAGGGAAAAGUAUAUCUUGGAUAGAUCUGGGAAGUAAAACCAAUAAGGUCUACCUUACUAAAAGGUCCAGUUCUUAGAUUACAUCUUCCCCUCUUAUAUCCUGAAUGAUGAUGGCCUCAUGUUGCUUUGUGCUUGAUAUUUUUCUCCCUCUAGAUAUAUAUAUAUAUACACAUAUAUAUAUGUCACACUUUCAGGUAACCUUUUUGGUGUGGUAGAAAUGAAGGCUAACACUUGGGUGUUGAAGACUUACGAGGAGGGAGUCUCUUUGAUCUUAGCUUCUGGUGUUGGGUUAUAAAUCAUUCUAAGUAAUCUCCCUGUAACUGCUUUUUAUAUUUAUAAUUAAUAACAUGCCUUUUACUAGUUCAGAUACAAUAAUGUACUGUAGCAAUCUAAUGGCACGUGUAGGGAGAGGUGAGACCCAUCUGCCUGAGCUGGUGAGGGAGCACAGAGCUGCGGUGUCGGUAAUAACCUGUGCCUCCUUUCACGUGCUGGCCCGUCGUUGAGCCUUUACAUGGGUAACAGAACGGGGGCAAGGAUACCCCUGUGUGCCCUCCUCCAAGGCUGAGUAAAGGUUCUUUGGUAACCAGA